AUGGCUGACCCCUACCAGAACAAUUACUAUCACCAAGGCCGAGGAGAUGCUUACGGGACGUACGGAGAAGGCGGUGGCCAGGAUGGUUACGGGUACCAGGCAGACUACCCGGCUCAGGAGGAGGAUGCUGCCAGUGAUGCCACAGAGGGCCAUGAUGAGGAGGACCAGAUGUACGAGGGCGAGUACCAGGGAAUUCCACAUCCAGAUGAGACCAAAGCCUCACAAAGGGCAGCACGGACAAAGUCUCGUGGCGGGGCGAGCGCGGCCUCGGAGUUGCAGGAGCUGUCCGAGCAGUACGAGAACAUCAUGGAGGACUGUGGACACGGGAAGUUCCAAUGGACGCUCUUCAUGGUGCUAGGGCUGGCACUCAUGGCUGAUGGAGUGGAGUGUUUUGUGGUGGCUUUUGUAUUACCCUCGGCCGAAAAGGACCUGUGUUUGUCCAACGCAGAGAAAGGGACGCUGGGUUUGGUGGUGUUCCUGAGCAUGAUGGUGGGAGCGUUUCUCUGGGGUGGACUGGCAGAUAAACUCGGACGGAAAAAGUGUCUGGUUGUGGCACUGGCCAUCAACUGUGUUUUUGCCUUCCUCUCCUCCUUUGCCCAGGGAUACGGAUUCUUCCUCUUCUUCAGGCUGCUUUCUGGAAUUGGAAUUGGAGGCACAAUUCCGAUUGUCUACACAUACUUUGCGGAGUUUCUUCAGAUGGACAAAAGAGGGGAGCACUUGUCCUGGCUCUGUAUGUUCUGGAUGAUGGGAGGGAUCUACGCCUCGUUCACAGCCUGGGGAAUCAUUCCCAGAUACGGGUGGGGCUUCAGCAUGGGCACAGAAUUCCAGUUCCACAGCUGGAGAGUCUUUGUGCUGGUAGCGGCUCUACCGGCCAUUGCCUCUCUGGUGGGGCUGACCUUCAUGCCUGAGAGCCCCCGCUUCCUUCUGGAGAAUGCCAAGCACGACGAAGCCUGGAUGAUUCUGAAGCAGGUCCAUGACACCAACUGGAGAGCCAAGGGGCAGCCUGAGAAAGUCUUUACAGUAACUCAUAUCAAGGCUCCCAAAACAGCAGAGGACGAGUUUAUUGAGAUCCAGGCAGCCACAGGGACACCGGUGCAGCGCUGGGCAGUGCGUUCUCUGACCCUCUGUAAACUGGUGCUGAAAAAUGUUGCCUCUCUUCUGUCUGUGGAGCUGAGAUUUGCCACACUCUAUAUGGCCAUCCUCUGGUUCUGUAUGGCCUUCAGUUAUUAUGGUCUGUCUGUGUGGUUCCCGGACAUGAUCAAACACCUGCAGUAUGAGGAGUAUGAGGCCAGAGUCAAGGUUUUCCAUAAAGAACGAGUGGAAAAUUUCCAUUUUAAUUUCUCUUUGGAGAAUCAGAUCCACAAAGAAGGGGAGUACAUCCGUGAUAAGUUCAUCAACAUAGAGAUGAUAUCAGUCAAGUUUGAAGACUCCCUGUUUGAAGACUGCCACUUUGAGAACAUCAGGUCCACUGACACUGUAUUUGAGAACUGCACCAUCCGCUCCACGGUCUUUACCAACACAGAUCUCUGGGAGGAGCGCUUCAUUGACUGUAAGUUGGAGAACACCACCUUUGAGCACAACAAACAUGGCUGCCACUUGGACAUCAAGGAGGAGAACGACGUCCUCAUAUAUCUGGUCAGCUUCUUGGGCAGUUUGGCCGUCCUGCCUGGAAACAUCAUAUCAGCGCUUUUCAUGGAGAAGAUUGGGAGAGUCAAAAUAAUUGGAGGCUCCAUGCUCAUAUCUGCAGGUUGUACUUUCCUUCUGUUCUUGACCUUCAGCCAAUCAGCAAUCAUCGCUCUGCAGUGCCUGUUCUGUGGCGUGAGUGUCGCCGCGUGGAACGGCAUCGAAGUGGUCACAGUGGAGCUGUACCCCGCCUCAAAAAGGGCUACGGCGUUCGGGGUCCUUAAUGCUCUGUGCAAACUGGCAGCGGUCCUCGGUAGCUCCAUCUUCGCCAGCUUUGUGGGCAUCACCAAAGCCGUCCCCAUCCUGCUGUCAUUUGUCGCACUGGUGGGCGGAGGUCUAGUGGCCCUGAGGCUCCCCGACACUCGAGAGAAAAUCCUUUUGUGA